AUGCCGCUAGUGCCGCAGGACGUAAGAGGAGUGAGUACCCGUUCAAUGUCAGAAGCGCAGCGUGUGAGGGAAGAGGGUGCUGCAGCUCAAACCAGCGAUGCAGAAGCCAAGCCUGUGCAGGUGGAUCUUCUGCUACAGCUGCAGCAAAUGAUGGCAGAGCAAGCGCGCCGCCAAGAAGAGCAAGCGCGCCGCCAAGAAGAGCAAGCGCGCUGUCAGGCAGAACAGCUGCGGGAGCUGAAAGAGAUGCAUAAGGAUUUCACGAAGGGACUGCAAAAGGCUGUCGAACGGGUACAGGAAGUGGAGGAAGGGUUAGGCAAGUUGGAACAUCGCGUCAUGGCCAUAGAGGAGAGAGUGGAAGAAGAGAUCUCCAAAAUCAAGCAGGAAAUGACAAGCCCAAGCCCUUUGAAGAGCCGAAGCCGUCUUGCAGCCGUUUUUGACCCCCCAAAUGCGGCCUCAAGCGCAACGAAAGGGCUCAAGAUUCCCCAUUACGACGGAACAACAUCCUGGACCGCGUUCAAGCUACAGUUUGAGACACUUAUGGAGGCUUAUGGUUGGACUCAGAAGGAAGCACAGUCAGCCCUCACCCUGGCCCUCCGUGAUCAAGCGCUCUCAGUGCUGGAAGCUAUCGGCGCAAGUGGGGAUCUCAGCUUUAGUACCCUCCUCGACGCACUUGAGGCACGUUUUGGAGACAGCCACCUCGAGCACGUGUACAGAGCGCAAUUAAAAGAGCGUACUCAGCGUGCUAAUGAGAGUCUACAGCAAUGGUCCGUGGAAAUCGAGAAACUUGUGCGUCGAGCUUUUCGGUCGACUCCAUCAAUGAUUGAAGGCACGCUUCUCCAAGCAUUCAUUGACGGUGUUCGGGACCCCGAAGUACGAGCUGCUGUUCAUCUGGGCCAUCACAAGAACAUGAAAGAAGCUCUGGCCCAUGCAUUGGAAGUGGAAGCCGUGCGUGGUAACUCCCGUACCUUACGUCUGCGGGAAAUGACGACAACGGAGCAGGUACCUCCACGCCGUCGGAACUUCAUGUGCUAUGGAUGCGGAGAGCGUGGGCACAUGCGGAGCGACUGCCCGAAGAAGGUGAACCGCCAGGACGCGGCGGUCUCAACUUCUGACCAGCAGGCUGGUAGUGGAAUAACCCCAACAAUCUACAUCAAGCAAACUAGCGAUGGAAAUACUCUGGUGAUAGACGGUCAAGUAAGCAUGGCUCUGUUCCAGCCCCACAUCGGCGCCAGUGGUCUAUCUUAUUACAUACAAAGGACUUGGGUUAAAAACGAGAAAUUGAAUCAAUCAUUGAGGAUCCAGAAAGGUACCGAUGUGAUGGAAGGAGAGUAUCCAUACGUGGUUCUGUUAGCAGGUAUCACUCCUAACAAAGAGUUUUACAGAGUGGCGUCGGGUUCCCUCAUUACCGAAAACUGGGUGCUGACGUCUGCGCAUAUCUUCAGUAACCAUGGCGAGCACGCUAACAACACGCUCGUCGUCUGGUUCGGCAAGUUCACAGAAUCUCCCUUCAUCUCUAAGCAGUACUCCGAGGUCCUGGAGAUUGUAAAGCAUCCUGCCUUCCACGACAUGCCAUUUAUUACAUACGAAUUGUUUAAUGGAGUCAAUGACAUAGCUUUGCUACGAGUGCACAGGAUAAGCAUACCAGUUUAUGGGAAGUUAUCAUCGGUGGACCACACGACGCUCAUCGGCCUGUCUGCAGUUUACGUUGGGGGUGGCGAAACGGAUAAAUUGGGAAGUGAUCUGUAUCGAGUGUUGCAAGUGGGACACGGUAUGGUCAUUAAAUGUGGUCCUCCUGUCAGCUCCUGGUCACCAUAUCUGUUGUGUAUUACGCCGCCAUGUUCAGAUAAGAAGCACAUUCCUAUAAUAGGAGAUUCUGGGAGUCCCUUUCUGAUUGACGGUAAGAUUGUAGGAACCUUCUCUGUUCGGUACUUUACCUUUACACACGUGUCGUGGACAGCCUUCAGUCCAGUCGACUUGUAUUUGGACUGGAUUAAUGAUGUGAUUGUUCCAAAGGAGGACUGA